GCGUUAUGUUAAAUGUAAAAAAAAAAUACUUACCGUUAUAGUGAACGCUCAUAAAAUGCAUUCUCAUCGAUAUAAAAGCUAUUUUCGUGCUAUGAUGUCAAUAUUCAACGACAUGGUUUAACGAUAUAGUUAUCUAGUCAUAUUUUUUAAUUGUAAAUAACCUUAUCUUUAUUAAAUAUUUUUCCGUAAUAUGGCCAAGACUAAAACAAUCAGUAAAGGCUGUCCAAAAUGUGAACAGCAGGUACCUGUAGCUUGCAAAGCUUGUCCAUGUGGUCAUUCAUUUUUUAAUGCAAGACGAAAUUCAAUAAAAAGUCCUCCUAGUCCUGAUAAUGGAGUAAUGAAAACAAGACGAACCAAUCGAAUCAAACGUGAGAAACCAAAUUAUUAUGAUGCUUUAGAAUACGAUAAACAAUCAAAAAAGAGUGCAAAAAUCAGAAAGGCAACAGAUGUUGCUAGCGACAUAGAUUGUAGACAGCUGAACAAGAAGAAGAAACGAAAGGUAAAAGGUAAAGGGAAAAGUGGAAGUAGUAAUGGAAUAGGAGAUGAUGAUGAUGAAAUGGAAGGAAUCAAUGGUUUGUCACCAGAGAAGCAGCUCACAUGCUCUUUGAUACUACAAGAAUUAAAUAAUAAAAUGAGAGUUGUAGCCUGGAAACCGACAUAAUUUUUUUCUAUUGUGUCAUAUUUUGUACUAUAAGAAAUACUAGUGUCCAUUUUUAGUAGAAAGUAAUCAUUUUAUAUAGAUGUUGGACUAUGUUUGAAAUGCUAUCUAUUCAUUGCAUCAAUGCAGAUUAAAAUAGUAUUACAUAAUGUUAUGCAUGAAUUAAUAGCAUUAAUUAAUUUAUGGUAAUUUUGAGAUUUAUAUAGAUUUUUGAGCAUUAAUUUAUACAUUAUCUUCGAAAGUAGACAAAUCAAGACUACAUAAGUGAAAAGAAUACAAUUUUUAUUAAAGAUCACUGUGUUUAAUUACAUCUGUUUGUAUGAAAAAUAUGUAUUUCCUACUAAGAGAUUGUUUCUUUCAUCGUAGGACCUGCCGCAAUUCUUCAUUUUCUACAAAUAAUCAUAAUGUAACAUGUAAAUAUGAAUAAUGUACAUAGUGUUUAUGUGUAAUAUAUAAAACAAAUUACAACUGGAAA